GCGCCAGCCAAUGGGAGCGGGGGGGGCGGGCGGUGGCGGGCGCGGCGCGGGCAGCGAGUGGCCGGCGGCGCGUUCUGGCGCCAAGUUCGAAGCAGUUAUAAGGGGGCGGCGCGGUGCUCCCAGCUCCCAGUGCUUGAUCCGCCACUGCCGCCGCUAUGCUGUCCUCCCGCGCACCGCUCGCAGCCCGCAACGACCAGCCCUGCCGCUCGCCCAUGAAGGGCCUGUCACCCAUGAAGAACCUGUCGCUGAGAGACAAAGAGAACACGCCCCCCGUGUUCAGCAGCACCCGCAUCCUUGCCAGCAAGGCGGCCCGCAACAUCUUCCAGGAGGGCGAUGGGAAGCCGGUGCCGCGGGGCGCGGAGGAGCAGGAGGAGCCGCUGCUGCGGGACAACCCCCGCCGCUUCGUCAUCUUCCCCAUCCAGUACCACGACAUCUGGCAGAUGUACAAGAAGGCCGAGGCCUCCUUCUGGACGGCGGAGGAGGUGGAUCUUUCCAAAGACCUCCAGCACUGGGAGUCCCUGAAGCCUGAGGAGAAGUACUUCAUCUCUCAUGUUCUUGCCUUCUUUGCUGCCAGCGAUGGCAUUGUCAAUGAAAACUUGGUGGAGCGGUUCAGUCAAGAAGUGCAAGUCACAGAGGCUCGCUGUUUCUAUGGCUUCCAGAUUGCCAUGGAAAACAUACAUUCGGAAAUGUACAGUCUUCUUAUUGACACCUACAUUAAAGAUUCUAAAGAAAGGGAAUUUCUUUUUAAUGCCAUUGAAACAUUACCGUGCGUUAAAAAGAAGGCUGACUGGGCCUUGCGCUGGAUUGGGGACAAGAAAGCAACAUAUGGGGAACGUGUAGUAGCUUUUGCAGCAGUGGAAGGAAUCUUCUUCUCUGGCUCUUUUGCAUCAAUUUUUUGGCUGAAAAAAAGAGGAUUAAUGCCUGGACUCACUUUUUCUAACGAACUCAUCAGUAGAGAUGAGGGCUUGCACUGUGACUUUGCCUGCCUCAUGUUCAAGCACUUGAUACACAAACCAUCAGAAGAGAGGGUAAAGGAAAUCAUCAUGGAUGCUGUUCUCAUAGAACAGGAAUUCUUGACAGAGGCACUGCCUGUGAAGCUGAUUGGCAUGAACUGCACUUUAAUGAAACAGUACAUAGAGUUUGUAGCAGACCGGCUAAUGUUGGAACUGGGAUUUAACAAGAUAUACAAAGCAGAGAAUCCUUUUGACUUCAUGGAAAACAUCUCUCUGGAGGGCAAGACCAAUUUCUUUGAGAAGCGAGUAGGUGAAUAUCAGAGGAUGGGAGUCAUGUCGAAGCCCACAGACAACUCUUUCACCCUGGAUGCAGAGUUUUAAAUGAACUGAAACCAUAUGAGUUAGUGUGUGUGCUCCUGUUUACAGGGAAACACUAGAUGUAUUGAGUCAGUGUGACUUGAUUCCUGUACCAAAGUCCCACUCUGAAAGUGUGGUGGUAUUGGUACUUUCCAGGAAGCUAGUGUAGCUCCAGCAGUAAAAUAACUUUUAUUAGGCUUUGCCAAUGGUGUUAAUUCAUAGGAUGUUUAGAUUUAUCUCUUGGAACGUAUGCUACUCUGUUUUGUGAUAAAUAUGGGUAUGCUCCUUCUGCAAGACAGGAGGUUAUGGGCAGUGACCACUAGCUUCUGCUGUUCUCCCUAUAAACAAAGGAGCCAUUGGGAAAUUCUGGUCUUAGAUUUACUGAAUACCCUGCUGAAAACUCUGGAGUCAGCUACAUGGCCUUACUGCUUUCUUAGCAGGUUUUAAGUUUACCUUUUUUAACUAUUGUUUUAAUAGUCUGUACAUAAACCUGGCACUUUAAUGUUUAUUUUAAUAAAGAACUCUCAUAAUAUUCAACAAUAGUGAAAUGCAACUGUAAGGAUUUAGACUUUUGCAACCUAACCUUUCAUGACUUGUGCUUCUUCUGGAUAUAUAGCUUAAAAUGGUGCUGUGAGUCAAACUUCUGAAAUCUAUUGAACAGGAAGAAACUUGCUAUGGAAAGUGAAGAGCUUAAUAAGUUGGAUAUUCUGGGUACUGAAAACAUGCAGCUGGCUUCUGGACUUAAUUACUUUUUGUUUAAUAUCUGGGAACAGUGUUUCAUGUAAUAGUAAUAAAGAUCUGGUUGGAUUUA